ACCACCACCAACAGAAGAGCCCAGGUUCCCCGAAUCUGUUCUAUAUCUUGCCAUUUCUUUUCCCCCGUUCCCUACUCUCUCGGUCUCUCCCUUUGGUGAGCGGCGGCGCCAUUGACCACUGUCUUCGCCGCGCCCUUUGCUGGCGACGAGCACCCACGAGAGAUGUCUGAUGUUGAGGAGUACCGUUGCUUUGUCGGGAACCUGUCCUGGUCGACAACUGAAGAAAGCCUCAGGGAUGCAUUCGGCAAAUUUGGAAACCUUACCGAGGCAAAGGUGGUUCUUGACAAAUUUUCUGGUCGAUCUCGCGGUUUCGGCUUUGUAACUUUUGAUGAGAAGAAAGCUAUGGAGGAUGCUAUUGAAGGAAUGAAUGGACUGGACUUGGAUGGGAGGAACAUCACUGUUGAUAAAGCUCAGCCACAAGGACCUGGUAGAGACCGUAAUGGUGACCGUGAUUCUGAUCGUGACCGUGGAUCUCGUUAUGACCGUGGCCGUGACUAUGGUGGUGGCGGAGGUGGACGUGCACCGCGUGGCGGCGGCGGGGGCGGCGGCGGGGACUGCUUCAAGUGUGGAAAACCUGGUCAUUUUGCUAGGGAGUGCCCAUCUGGGGAUGAUGGGAGAGGGGACAGAUAUGGUGGUAGAGAUGACAGGUAUGGUGGUGGUGGCAGCGGUCGUUAUGGAUCUGACCGUGGUGGUGACCGAUACUCUGGCCGUAGCCGAGAUGGUGGCAGCUACGGGGGCGACCGCUACAACCGUGACCGAUCUGGUCCCUAUUGAUGGCCUAGAUCUUGAGCAGUAUGUGCCUUCCAGGCAUAUGACUUGGUCAUAGUGCUUGGCGCUUGGAUCCUGCAUGUUUGCUUGUUAUGCUAUUUGGCUGGAAUCUAGCUUGUUAAGAGAUGGAUUUUGUGGCUGUGUGUUUAUGAUCCUGAUCCUAGUUAUGCUUAUGGGGAUUAACAUAAAUGCCUGGGAUAUGGGUGAUUGGAUGGCAAGUUGGUGUUCACGUUUGUGUUCUUUUUGGGAAUCAAGGGAUCAACUAUAUUCUGCUUGAACACACCUACAAGAAAAAUCAACUUCUGAAAGCAAACGAUGAAUCGUCCGUAAGGGAAAAAAUUAACUGGCUUCUUUUUGGUUAUUUGUUUCCUUGUUCUGGAUUGGUUACUAGUGUCCUAAGAGAUCAUUUCACUUGUUCCAUUAUUGUCUGGCAAGUGGUUCCCCAUGUUCAAAGAGUUCUUUGAUUCCAUCCUAUGUGCCAUUAGCAUUGGAGGACCACUGCAAAGAGUCUCCUCCUUGGUUCCAAUCUAUGUACCAUUAGCAUUGGAGGACCAUUGCAGCAUAUAGCAUACUGUUUCUGCCUCUUCUCUCUGUUCGGUGGCUUGACUACCUGGUGGUUCCUUUGGCGUGCUGAGGUGGCUUCCUGUCGGUGUCCUGUUCUUUGUGACUCGUGCAGUCAGAGAUCAUGCAUUCAUGCUUAUUCAGCCUGAGUGAAUGUUAUGCUAUCUAGCUGCUGCUGUUUUGACACCACACCACUGGUCUAUCACUUCUUCUACCCUGUCAAUGAACUAUCACUGCCCUUUUGAGAGGAGUUCUUCAUCCGCAGAAUUUUAAUUGUUGGAUCAUGCUGGGAUGGCUGCCUCUGGGUGUGCGGUCAGAGAUCAAGCAUUUAUACUUAUUCAGCCCGAGUGAAUGUGAUGCUAUCUAGCUGCUGUUCUUUUGAAACAAGCACCUCUACUCUAUCACUUCUGCCCUGUUUUUGAACUACUGCUGCCCUUUUGAGAGGAGUUCCGAUGAUAUCAUGCUUCAUCUGCAGAAUUUUAAUUGUUGGAUCAUCGUCUCGAUGGAAUGUGGGAUGCAUUAGUCUUGAUUUGACUGUUUGAGAGAGUUCCAGUGAUUAUGCUUAAUCAGCAGCAUUCUAAUUGUUGCAUCGCCGUCUCAAAGGAUACUUGAGUAUUUUUAUUUUAGUUUGCCUAUCGGGAUGCAACGAUAGCUUCGUGCUGCUGUUUAUUAUAUUAGCCAAGUGAGUUUUUGUACUCGAUAGCUGCAACAUUUCACCCAUUUUUUGAAAACAUAUCGGUUGAUUUGUACUCAAA